UUUUAAUACCGUUAUCGCGGUUUUACACUUGCGUUUGAUUAUUUCGCGCACAUAAGUGCUUUGAUUACCACGCACGCUCAUUUGUUGAACAUUUAAGUGAAUUCAUAUUUAAUCUAAUAACAUGGCUCAUUUAAACGAAAAAGAAAAUCUUAACGACGGACUAAAUAACGUGCACAUAAGGGUAAGUAAAUCUCCUGUGAAAAAUGUUUUGUCUGCUCGUAACAACAAUGUUGUUGAGACAAUGGAUAUUGAAAAGACGGACAAGGUAGAAUUCGACCCUCAACUGGAACCACUAUUACGCGAAAAUCCUCGCCGUUUUGUUAUGUUUCCUAUUCAAUACCCGGAUAUUUGGCAAAUGUAUAAAAAGGCAGAAGCUUCUUUCUGGACUGUUGAAGAAGUGGACUUAUCAAAGGAUUUGUCUGAUUGGGACAGUCUAAAGGACUGUGAGAGGCACUUCAUUAAGCAUGUAUUGGCUUUCUUUGCUGCAUCAGAUGGCAUAGUCAAUGAAAAUCUGGUUGAAAGGUUCUCCCAAGAGGUACAAGUAACAGAAGCCAGAUGUUUCUAUGGCUUCCAGAUUGCAAUGGAAAAUGUACAUUCAGAAAUGUAUUCCCUACUCAUUGAUACAUACAUCAGGGACCCUAAGGAGAGGGACUUCUUAUUCAAUGCUGUAGAGACUCUUCCAUGUGUAAAGAAGAAGGCAGAUUGGGCUCUCCAGUGGAUAGCAAGCAAAUCUGCUACAUUUGGUGAAAGAAUUGUAGCAUUUGCUGCUGUUGAGGGAAUUUUCUUCUCUGGAAGUUUUGCUUCAAUAUUUUGGCUGAAAAAGAGAGGACUAAUGCCUGGCUUAACCUUCAGCAAUGAAAUGAUUUCAAGGGAUGAGGGCCUCCACACUGACUUUGCAUGCCUCAUGUUCAAGCACUUGGUACAAAAACCACCUGCGUCCCAAGUACUGAAAAUAAUUCGUGAUGCAGUGGUCAUUGAACAGGAGUUUCUCACUGACGCAUUACCAGUUAGGCUAUUGGGCAUGAACUGCGACCUCAUGUCUGAAUAUAUACAGUUUGUCGCUGACAGGCUGCUUGUGGACCUAAUUGGAGAGAAGCACUACCACACGAAGAAUCCAUUUGACUUCAUGAAUUUGAUCUCUCUUGAAGGAAAAACAAAUUUCUUUGAAAAGAAAGUCGGAGAGUACCAAAAGUGGGGGGUCAUGUCAAACCCUAACGAUAAUGUCUUCACAUUGGAUGCCGAGUUCUGAUUGACAAUUUAGACUAAUUCCAGUAUUAAAACAUCGAAUAUUAGACCAAAUUACCAGUUCUAUCUGGUAUUUUAUUUAUAAGCUAGGAUAAUUUCAUUUUUGUAAGAGUAAUUAUGUGUAUUAUUUUUGUAAGCAUAAUGUAAUUGAUUCUCAAACUGUGUUUGAAAUGAGUGUUUUGAGCAAUGUGUUGUAUGUUUGCAGAGUUUUAUUAACUAGAAUAAUUGUUGUGAUAUAUACUACUUAAGACUUUUUAUAAAGAUUAUAAGAUUUUUAAAUUUA